AUGAGGCCCGAUGCUUACAAGCGGCUCGGCUCCGAUUUCAAGAAGGAGCUGAACCUCAAACGGGUGGAUCCACCGUACCGGGUGAGUUUCGGCGACGAGACCUUCGUGGAUGUGGAUUAUGAUCCCAUGAAGAUGACGGAGCAGAUGGAGAAGUUCGAGCCUGGAUGCACCAGCAACUACUACCGGUUCCUGUCGGUGGCGCGGCGGAUGCUGGACAUGGGCCUUGAGCGCUUCGUCGACAGGCAGUUUGAAUCCUGGCCAGACCUCGUGGAUCCCAUUGGCCUGCUCCCGGCGAUGAUCGAGAAAGGUUGGUUCUCCAUCCCCUUGGUGAACAUGCUGUUCUCAGUCGACGACUUGAUGAAGUCGUGGUUCAAGGAUGCCCGUCUCAGGGCCCUCUUCACCUUCCAGACGCUGUAUGUCGGCCUAACUCCUUACAACUCACCGGGGGCGCUGUGCUUGCUGGCGGGCACGGACUUGACGGACGGCGUGUGGUACCCCAUGGGAGGCUGGAAGGGCGUGAAGAACACGCUCGCGAGUCUUGCCGAGGGCCACGGCGUGGAGAUCAAGACCGGAGCGGAGGUGGAGCAGGUCCUGGUCGAGGGCGGGAAAGCUGUGGGCAUCCGUCUGAAGGGCGGCGAAGAGGAGAAGGCAGAUGUCGUCGUGGUAAAUGCCGACACGCCAUGGGCGUACAAGAACUUGCUUCCCAACGUGCAGGCACCGCCUGGUCAAGAGGAGCCCAGUGUCGCGGCGACAGCCGAUGACUUGGAUGGACGGGAAUACUCCUGUGGCGUGAUCGCCAUGUUCUGGGCCGUGGACUGCAAAGUGGACUACCUCCGUCACCACACCAUUUUUCUCGGAGCUCCAGAGGACGAGGCGAAGGCCUGGGAGCCGAUCACCAGCGCGGCAGCGAUACCUGAAAAACCCAACUUCUACGUGCACUGCCCCACAAGGACAGAUCCCUCGGCCGCUCCGGAGGGCUGCGAGAGCAUCAUGAUUCUCUUCCCGGUGGCGAACAUGCAGCAAAUGGCUGCAGCCGGGUUGAAGCCGGCCGCCAAAGGUGAGCUGUACAAGGAGAUAACCGCGAAAGCCCGCGAGACGGUGCUGAGGCGCUUCAAGGAGGCGGGCUGCGGCGACAUCGAGAAGCACAUCGUUGAAGAGACGGUGCGCGACCCCGAGAAAAUCGGGGAUCUCUACAACCUGGAGCAUGGCGCCACCUUCGGUCUGUCCCAUGGGCUCCUUCCCUGGCAGGGAGGCCUGGCCAUGACACGGCCGGCUCCCAGGGCCCCAGAGGUCGACCGGCUUUUCUUCGUGGGUGCCGGCACGCGGCCGGGCAACGGCGUGCCAGGGAGCUUCUUCAAGGGAAGUGCCGUGCUGACCCAGGCAUUUCACCCGCGCACUUUUGUCCCAACAGGCAUGGAGGAGCAGCCGACAGCCCCGAAUAGCAUGGUCGAAGAGGAAGACGACAGCAGUUCGUGCACAAGUUCUGGUGAGGGGUCGAAGGCCAGCGGCUGGGAUGAACGCCUCACUCCACUCAUUCAGUUCAUCUCGAGGAUGGAGCUCAUGAGGCCGGAGGUUCUCCGAGGAGUUCCUGUGUCCCUUCUUGUUCAUCUUCUUCCUUGGUACUGGUGGCGGGGAUUUCCGAUGACUUCUCUGAGCAAGGUGACACAUGAGAUUGAUGAGUUCAUUUCUCACAGCUGGCAAGCAGCUGCAUGGCUGAAGUAUGUCAACAUCUUGCUUCUGUACCGGGCUUCUCCAGCCUUUGCCCUUUCCAUGGCCUCCGCGCUCGCCGCGUUUCUGCUCUACGGCUUUGGUCUUUUGCCCCCCUUGGGAGCAACGUUUGUUUGCACCUGGUGCACGUGGUCAGGGAUCACAGUCUUCUACCUUGCCCUGCUGUCGAGCCCGCGCUGCUCUAAGGUUUUUCUGGACAUUGCAUGCAUAGACCAGGAGGACGAGAACAGGAAGUUCGAGAGCGUUGUCAGUAUGGGUGGGGUCCUGAAGAGGUCGAAGUCCAUGAUGGUGUUAUGGAGCCCGACAUAUGUGCGGAGGCUGUGGUGUGUAUUCGAAAUGAGUGCCUUCCUGCACAGCCAUGGCGGAGGUGCCAGCAUGAGGAUGUGCCCGCCCUUCCUGGGCCCCACACUACUGGGCGGGCACUUUGCAGUCAGUGUGGGAUCAAUCCUCGUGCUACAUUGGCCAUGGGAUUGGGUUGUUGGGCGGGCAUUUUUCGGCAUCAUGAUCGUGCCCCUGUUUACCGCCUGCGUGCACAGUUUGAGGGCAUAUUUCCUGAGCAUCGACGUGCUUGACGAGCAGCUUCGCCAUUUCUCGGUGGACCAUUGCUCGAGUUCCUGCUGUGAAGAGGGACAUCCUGACAAGCGGCUUUGCGACCGAAAGGUGCUGCUCCAGUGCAUCUCGCAGUGGUUUGGAACCAUCCGUGCCUUCGAGGCCUGUGUGCAGUCCGAUGUACGUGCGCGGAUGUACCGCCAGUUGGCAAACGAUCCACUUGCCUAUCGCCACAUCGUCUUGACCUCCAGUCCCAUUCUGUGGGCCUUGAUGGACAUGGUCUUCGGUUCCAAUCCCGAUAAGAUCCGGAGCUGGGAGAGGCAGGUGGUGGAGCUGUGCCGGCCGCUUGCGUACUGGCUUGGCGCGCUCCCUUUUUUGGCGAAGAUUGUGUUGCACACCGCCUACCGCCUCAGGGCCCGGUGCCGCAACACGUGCCUAGAUGUCCUACUGUCCGCGGGCGCGGUUGUCUUUGGAGUCUCGAUAUUUCUGGUGGUCAAUAUCUUCGAGGAGACAGUCCUGAAACGUCUGCUGCUACCCGGCAAGGCGCACCGAACACACCGCGCGGUGCUUUUCCUCAGUGUCUGCCUGCUCUUGGCCGCGGUGGCAUGGUGCUGCAUGCCUCCGAUUCGGCCCCAGCGCCCUGUCAAAACUGUUCAUGUGCCAGCUGAGGUGCAGCACAACUUCAAUUUUCCAGACCCAACUCCGGUAGGUAGGUGCGAAGGGUCGAAAGUCAAGAUGUCGCUAUGA